UCUGUAGUGUGUCUGACAGGACAGGACUACAAAUGUGAGUAUUUUAUAAUUAAUACUCCUAUUGUAGGUUAAUAGCAUUUCUGACAGAUUAUAUUUAGGCAUAAUAUUCCAGAUCGACUGGUGCCAGUAAUGCAGUUUCCAUGUCGUGUUUCCACCGCCGCUACACAAAUGAAGAAGAAAACCGGAAGCGUCGCUUCUCCUCCUGCUGGCUGGCGAUAGCUGAAGCUACGUCGGUGACAUCGUCUCGUCGGGUUUGGGGUUUGACAACAGAAACAGCAGCCGUAUUUCGUGUCCAGCCACGAAUACAUAUUUCCACUGGGGUCUCUGAAGAGAUGAACAACAACGGGAAUAAGAGAGCUCCAACCACAGCCACUCAGCGACUUAAGCAGGAUUACCUCAGGAUAAAGAAAGACCCUGUGCCUUAUAUCUGUGCAGAACCUCUCCCCUCCAACAUCCUAGAAUGGCACUAUGUAGUCAGAGGUCCUGAGAAAACUCCAUAUGAAGGAGGAUAUUAUCAUGGAAAACUCAUAUUUCCGCGGGAAUUUCCUUUUAAACCACCAAGUAUCUAUAUGAUCACACCAAAUGGGAGGUUUAAGUGUAAUACAAGGUUAUGUUUGUCCAUCACAGACUUCCAUCCAGACACGUGGAACCCCGCGUGGUCCGUCUCCACCAUCCUCACAGGUCUGCUCAGCUUCAUGGUGGAGAAAGGCCCCACCCUCGGCAGCAUUGAGACCUCUGACUACACAAAAAGACAGCUGUCAGCCCAAAGCUUGGCUUUCAACCUCAAGGAUAAGGUGUUCUGUGAACUGUUUCCUGAUGUAGUCGAUGAGAUGAAGCAGAAACAGAAGGCCCAGGAGGAGUUAAGCGCUCGCACUCAGCCCCUCCCUUUACCCGAUGUGGUGCCCGACGGUGACCCACAGCACGCCCAUUACGGCCUCCCUGCCCUCAACGGAGGGCCCGUCCCGCUCGGGGGCGCCAACCCCGCUCCUGGCCUGCAGCAGGCCAAUCGCAACCAUGGACUUCUAGGUGGCGCUCUAGCCAACCUGUUUGUGAUUGUAGGCUUUGCGGCGUUUGCCUACACAGUCAAGUACGUGCUGAGGAGCAUAGCCCAGGAGUGAGAGGCGCCGGUGUUGUAGGGCGUCGCUCCCCUUUGCAGGCGAGCCAGCUAGUGGACUCCACAUUCUACAAACACACUACGUGGGGGAGGGAUGUUCAGUCCUGGGUUAAACCCCUCCACGACCACCACCACAACCACCACCACCACCACCAUGGACUUUGGAAGAAGGGAACUCAAAGCCGACCCACACAGGAAGGAUUGAGAGGAGGAGGAGGAGGGGGUGGGGGAGUGGGCGGAAGUGGCAGUAGGGCCGGGGGAUUGGAGGGGCUUAUUAAAACGGUUGUGAUCCACUCUGUGCUUCAGUGGUUUAUGUCAGCAGUAGGAACAAACUUGGCUCAUGGGUUGUGGAAGAGUGUAGAACAUGCAAACAUGCACCGUGAUCACAAUCAAGAGAAAUGUGCUGUAUAAUAUACCGAGUGAAAUAAAGAUGCACCAUUGUUCUCCUACACUAUCAUAAACAUUACUGAUCAGAGCUUGUUAACCUCCUCCCUGCCCGUCACCGUUCCCAAAAGUAUUGCGUGCGGCCUCCUGGUCACGUGUCAGAUCGAACAGACUCACUCGAUGCAACCGCAGAUGUUUGCGACAUCUAGAAGAAAAGGAGCUCCUUUUGUGUGGUGCACUGACAACCAUCUGAAACAUGUUCUGACACUGCUGUUGGUUUCUUUCUUUUUUUAAGCACUGAGUAAUCAGGUUUCAUUAAUCCACAACCGCAGUUCAAGAACCGGUUUAUCCAUCUUUCGUUUCCUCAACGCGGCGUCAUAUUUUCCUACAAAUGUGUCAAUCACGAGGUGGAACAAAGCACUCAAUCAAAAAACUACGCAGAAAUCAGAAGUGAUUUCUAGGAACUAAUCAAAAUAAAGAUUCCUUGAAGUGACGCGUAGAGCACGUGUCUGCACAAAGGGAACCAUGUUGAGCAACGGGAGAGAACUUCUAUUAUAAUGUUGACUUAUGCGACUCAAUGUUACUAAUGUCAAACAAUAAUGUUUGUACAACUGCAAAACGACAUACAAAGAAAGUAGAACAUCAUACUCAUCAGUACUUCUGUAUCUCAUCAGUAGACUUUCUGCAGCCGAUGAUGGUAUCACAGGCAGACCAUGCAGUGCAGAAAGCAGAAUUUCCACAACAGAGCAUUGAGGAGUGUGUUUAUAUUUUUCUGUCUGGAGAACAAAAGAAAAACACAAACUUGGCAUAUCAGUGUGUGAAAGCGCUUCUGAUACAUGGUCAGAGUCUGAUGUGAGGUCAGACCUUCUUUCCUGUCAACCCAUGAGCCAAGCCCUGACUCUAAUGUCUGCACAGAAGUAAAUAGAGACCCGUACCUAUUUUUAUUUUAAUUUUAUUUUAAUUUUUUUUUUUGUAUAAAUUGGCUUAGCCGACCAGUAUAGCAACACUCUAUAUAGGUCCAGUUAAGGGGACACAUGAAGAGAAGAACCAACAUUUUGUUUCUGUUUUUUUUUUUCAGUAAUUUGUUUCUUUGCUUUUGUUUUCAUUAUUUAUAGAAAGGCCUCGGCUUGAAACGUGUCAUGCUUGCUUAAAACUGGCAGGAAAAUGCACAGACAGGCCGUGUGUCACACAAUUGCUGAUAAUUUACUGUUGUGCAAUGCAUUUAGUAAAAAUGGUUCUACUGUGUAUCUAAUGUUUCAACAGAAAAACAAGAUUUGCCUUUCUAUUGCUUUUUUUUUUCUUGGCACCAUCUUUAAAAAAAAAAAGAAAGGAAAAAAAAAAUACAAACAGCUGAUGAUGGGAGUGGGUUUGUGUGAUCAUACAGCAAAUGCCCAAAUUUCCAUUCUUCAGUUAUUCUUGUGUGACAUUGUAUGUUUUCAUAGUAAAUGCAAAUAAAUUACCCCUUCUUUUA